ACAUAGUAAGUAAUACCUAGUAGUAGUUUAUUCAGCUUUACUACAUUAGCAUUGUUCGAAGAAAAGUUCUCAGAGUUUCCUACAGAAGCCAAUAAUACAACUACUCUAUACCAUCUGCGAAAUAGAUACACAUUCAUCUAUAUAAACAAAAAUUCUCCAAUAACAACUCUAGCUUCACGUAUCAUCCGCAACCUCAAUCCCGGGAUGGAUGGAAACGGAGAGCAACCCCCGUUUGUGCCCUUCACCAAGGCCGAGCGUAUCCAGCAGUUAGGUGAAAUCGAUCGAAAUAUCGUCAGCCUCUUGCGUUCUUCAGCACAAGCUAUCGAGACCCUCGGCAAGCAAGUGGCACGAGGAGAAGAUGUUAACAUGGUCGACGACAAGGAACAGCAAGCUCAAAUAUUUCAAGACUCUAUGAAUGACUUCCUUCGAACUCUACGUUCUGUCAAUGUCGGUAUGAAACGACAGAUAUGGGGACUCGAAGAGGAAGGCAUCAUCACGUUAGAUAAGGAGACCCAGAAUGUGAGCAGUGAAGGCGGUGAGGUCCAGGCAACCAGUCGCCGCACUGCUCCGCUCAAACCUGAUGGCGAUGGAAAGAUUGGCGGACUCGACGUUGGCUGGCUCAAUAGCCGAAGCGACAAGGUUGAAAAAGAUAUGGAGGCCGACCUCUGGAAGGAGGCUGAUGAAUUUCUACGACGGGUCCUUCAGGCGGGCGGUGUCAACCCGACCACAAAUGGAGCAGAAAGUCAGAAGUAGUUUAUUAAGGUUGAUUGCGCGAAUCGGUGCGGCGUUAUGUGUAAAGGUCUAGCCUAGCAUUAGGCGGUGUUGAAGGAGUUAAAUACCAUCCAUGGGUACGGUUUCUCUCGGUUUGGUUGACGCAAUUCGCUCAGUUUAAUAUAUUAAAUUGGUCUGGAUUCGGUUAUAUUCAGGUAG